AUGUACAUACACACACACAUACACACACAGAAACAUGUACACACACGCACAGAGACACAUGUACACACACACAUACAGACACAUGUAUACACACACAGACACAUGUAUAGAUACACACAUGUACAUACACACAGACACAAUACCCCCCCAUAAAAAGUUGCAGUACGUCGUUGUUAACUCACAGAUCGGGGUACUGCACUCUAGGGGGAGGCAGAGAGCACAGCACACACUCCUUGCUUUGCUUUCACUGCGCUCAGCUAUUGAGCAGUCUGACGGCUCCCAGUGCCAAUGACAGAUCCGGCCUGAGCUCCAAGCCUGCUCAGCAAGACGGCCCUGGGACACACACUCGCCCCCACCAUAAUUUCCACUCGCCAUUGGCGAGCAGGAGAGUGGAAAUUUCAAGCCCUG